AUGGCUUCUCGACCCGACUUGAAGGUGGACGACGAGGUCGGAUUCAUCCGGUUCUUCCGCUCGAUAGCAGGAGGAGACACCAACGAUGAGACGUUACGCGUCUUCGACCGGGGCGACUGGUAUUCUGCUCACGGGCGGGAUGCAGAGUUCAUUGCCCGGACAGUAUACAAGACGACCUCUGUGCUGCGGAAUUUAGGCCGCAGCGAGAGCGGCGGGUUACCCUCGGUUACGAUGAGCGUGACUGUGUUCCGGAACUUUCUGCGGGAGGCGCUCUUCCGACUCAACAAGCGGGUGGAGAUCUGGGGGCCUGGGUCCUCAGGGGGUGGGAAGGGGUCGUGGAAACGGGUGAAACAGGCCAGUCCGGGCAAUCUGCAGGAUGUGGAGGAGGAGCUGGGCAGUGUGGGCGGGUUGGGGGCGACGAUGAUGAUGAUGGAGUCUGCGCCGACGAUCCUGGCGGUGAAGGUCACGGCGAGGGCUGGGGAGGCGCGUAGCGUCGGGGUGUGUUUUGCGGAUGCGAGCGUGCGGGAGUUGGGGGUCAGCGAGUUCCUGGAUAACGACAUCUACUCGAACUUUGAGUCGUUGGUCAUUCAGCUCGGGGUCAAGGAGUGUCUGGUGCAGGCGGAUGCGGCACGCAAGGACGUCGAGCUGGCGAAAUUACGGGCUAUCGCGGACAGCUGCGGGAUUGCCAUCUCGGAGCGGCCGGUGGCGGAGUUUGGGACGCGGGAUAUCGAGCAGGACCUGACGCGCCUGCUGCGUGAUGAGCGUGCUGUGGGCUCCCUGCCGCAGACGGAGCUGAAGCUGGCCAUGGGCGCGGCAGCGGCCUUGAUCAAGUACCUGGGUGCCAUGGCGGAUCCGUCAAAUUUCGGCCAGUACCGCCUGUACCAGCAUGAUCUGUCGCAGUAUAUGAAGCUCGACUCGGCCGCGUUGCGCGCCCUGAACCUCAUGCCGGGCCCGCGCGACGGCGCGAAAAGCAUGAGCCUGUACGGCCUGCUGAACCACUGCAAGACGCCUGUGGGGGCGCGCCUGCUGGCCCAGUGGCUGAAGCAGCCGCUCAUGGAUCUCGCCGAGAUCGAGAAGCGCCAGCAGCUGGUCGAGGCCUUUGUCGUCGACACGGAACUGCGCCAGACCAUGCAGGAGGAGCACCUGCGCGCCAUCCCGGACCUGUACCGCCUCGCCAAACGAUUUCAACGCAAGCAGGCCAACCUCGAGGAUGUGGUGCGGGCGUACCAGGUUGCCAUCCGCCUGCCCGGGUUUGUCAACACCUUGGAGAACGUCAUGGACGAGCAGUACCAGGCCCCGCUGGAGACGGAAUACGCCGCCAAGUUGCGUGCCCACUCCGAUAGCCUGGCCCGCUUGGAGGAGAUGGUCGAGACCACCGUCGACCUGGAUGCGCUGGAGAACCAUGAGUUUAUCAUCAAGCCCGAAUUCGACGAUAGCUUGCGCAUCAUUCGCAAGAAGCUAGACAAGCUCAAGUAUGACAUGGACGCCGAGCACCGCCGUGUCGCCAAGGAUCUCAACCAGGACAUGGAGAAGAAACUGUUUCUCGAAAACCAUCGCGUCCACGGCUGGUGCUUUCGACUGACCCGCACCGAGGCCGGCUGCAUCCGCAACAAGAAGGGCUACCAGGAGUGUUCGACACAGAAGAACGGCGUCUAUUUCACCACCUCGGCCAUGCAGUCGCUGCGCCGCGAGCACGACCAGCUCUCCUCCAACUACAACCGCACGCAGACGGGCCUCGUGAGUGAAGUCGUCAACGUGGCGGCCUCGUACUGCCCCGUGCUCGAACAGCUCGCCGGUGUGCUGGCGCACCUGGAUGUGAUUGUGAGCUUUGCACAUGCGGCGGUGCAUGCCCCGACGGCCUACGUCCGGCCCAAGAUGCACCCGCGCGGGACGGGCAGUACCAUCCUGAAGGAGGCGCGCCACCCUUGCAUGGAGAUGCAGGAUGACAUCUCCUUCAUCACCAAUGACGUCGCCCUGGUCCGUGACGACUCGUCCUUCCUGAUCAUCACCGGGCCCAACAUGGGCGGCAAGUCCACCUACAUCCGGCAGAUCGGCGUGAUCGCCCUAAUGGCACAGACAGGCUGCUUCGUGCCCUGCUCUGAAGCCGAGCUGACCAUUUUUGACUGCAUUCUGGCCCGUGUCGGCGCCAGCGACUCGCAGCUCAAGGGCGUCUCGACCUUUAUGGCCGAGAUGCUCGAGACCGCCAACAUCCUCAAGUCCGCCACCUCCGAGUCCCUGAUCAUCAUCGACGAGCUGGGCCGCGGCACCAGCACCUAUGACGGCUUCGGCCUCGCCUGGGCCAUCUCCGAACACAUCGUCACCGAGAUCCGCUGCUUCGGCCUCUUUGCAACCCACUUCCACGAACUCACAGCUCUCGCGGACCGGUACCCACAAUCCGUCAAGAACCUUCACGUCGUAGCCUUUAUCGGCGACGGCACCGAGACCACUAUUACUCCCUCUGAAGAUGACGCCAAGACGAAGAAACGCCAGGUGACUCUGCUCUAUCGUGUGGAACCGGGCAUCUGCGAUCAAUCGUUUGGCAUCCACGUUGCAGAACUGGUUCGCUUCCCAGACAAGGUCGUCAAUAUGGCUCGGCAGAAGGCGGAAGAACUCGAGGACUUCACCUCCUCCUCCUCCUCUUCGGAGGCACAAAAGGGACCCUCCCUGGACGAGUACUCGCAGGAAGAGAUCGAAGAAGGAAACGCCCUGGUGAAAGCGAUGCUGCUCAAGUGGAAGGCAGAGAUCGAAGCCCCCGGCAAGACCCUCACGGCCGAGCAGAAACGGCAGGCGAUGCGCGAUCUGGUCCAGGCGGACGACAAACUGCGAGCCAACAAGGUCUUCCAGAAGACGGAUGACAACAUGCUGGUGAGCGAUGGGUUGUUGCGGGUGUUCUGGCCGUACGACCUGUCCCGGUCCUCGUCGCCGGGGGUGAUUGUCGGAUGGCGUAACUCGGAGCUCGAUCUUUUUGUGCUCACUGUCCUUGAGGAUGUCGAGCCUCGGAAUGUAGACAAUGCGCUCCGAGCAGGUAUUCUGUUUCGAAAUAGCCCGCAUCCGAUUGUGCGCAUCUUCACGCUGUGCGGGAGAUCCGCAAUGCAUGUCCUCGGCUCGACGAAUCCGAAGGAGACCCCGGCAAUGUUCAGUACCUCGCAUCUCUACGUGACCACCAGCCCUUCUUCCAAAGUUCCUCGCAUCUUUUGCCCUCCCGAGGCCAACAUCUCCGUCCAGGUGAUCAUGUUCCACCGCCCGCACCCGACUCGAAUGGAGUACAUGUCCUUGAAUCCCAUCUCGUUGGCCCUGGGAGACAAGGUGGCCGCCGAACGCGGCGCCGUCGUGGAUACCAUCGACACGGGGGAAGAACUGGACAAGGCACGGGCCCGGAAGCUGGUCGAGAAGCUCAAGCUGCACACCGUGAUCAAGCACAUGCCCUCACAGAAGGAGCAGGCCCUGCCCCUGAUCAUCAACCAGGUGAACUGCGCGUACGAGAUGGGCAAGCUGAUGGACAAGAACAGCCACCUCAUCGGCACGCGCGUGAAACGGAGCAUGAGCGUGGGCGAGCGCGUCGUGGAAUCCGCCUCGACUCUGUGGGACAUGUUUGUCCUGGGUGUCUCGUACGUCUUCUGGCAGUGGAUCUGGCCGGUCAUCACCCGCGUCUUCGUCAUUGGCCUCGUGGGCCAUCGCUCGAUCGCCGAAGUCGUCCUGCAGAUUCUCGAGUGGCGCGCACGCCCGGACGCCGCCGCGCUCAAGGAUAUCUCCGCCACCGCCCAGCAGGUCGAUAUCCGGCUCCAGCAGUUUUGCUACUGGCCAAUCCAGUAUGCCAAGUUGCGCCAGCGCAAGGACAAUUGGGAAAGCGUGACCACCAGUCAUCCGGAGUACAUCCGAUUCUACAACAGCCUCUGGCUCGUCGCUAACGAUGUGAUCAUCGGCAUUGCCCUGGGCUCGUAUAUCAUCGAUAACGCCAACUGGGUCGCGUAUCAGAUCAACGCUAUCCUGACCGGCUGGACGGUCGAGGGGCUGCAACGCACCAUCUCUUGGUUGAUGGACUGGCCGGCCGGCCUGAAGCUCAACAAUGAGCUGGCUGCUUUCCUGGGUGACCUUUUUCUCUGGGUCAUUGAAAAUUGGGCAGCUCUAUUCUCGGACCUCCUGUCCAUUCUCACCGUCCACAUCUACUCUUUCUACAUCGCCUCUGCGAGAAUCUUCAACUGGCAGCUGAGUAUCAUCAUAUCGCUGUUCCAUCUGUUUCGUGGCAAGAAACGCAACGUGCUGCGCAACCGGAUCGACUCGUGCGACUAUGAUCUCGACCAGCUGCUCCUCGGCACCAUUCUAUUCACCGUGCUCUUCUUCCUCCUCCCGACCGUCAUCGUGUUCUACCUUGCAUUUGCCUCUGCGCGGAUGCUGAUCAUCUCGCUGAAAGCCAUGUUCGAUACCUGUCAGGCUAUCUUGAACCAUUUCCCCUUGUUUGCCUUGAUGCUUCGAGUCAAGGACUCUCGUCGAUUGCCAGGAGGAAUUCUGUUCGAGCUUCGAGACGAACACAGCAAAUCCCUUUCCACCACCGACUCGCCCUCUACAGUCUCAUACAUUCACCUUGAAUCUAUUCCUCUCCCCCUCCGCGCCAUGUUCGACCAAUACUUCCAGCUAGGCCAUCGGCUGCGCAAGCACUACCUCGCCCCGCGCGUUAUCUUCCGCCUGAUCACCGGCCGCUUCGUCCCGCCCAUCCACCGGCGCAACCUGUACAGCAUGCAGUACAGCAUGCUCCCUGCCCGACGGGCGGGCAUGGCUGAAGUGUGGGCGUUGCUCACUCAGCCAAAGAAAGGCGGCGGCAGCGCCAGCGGUGGAUCGAUGGGUGGCGGACUCUCUGGAGCAAACCCUCUGCUACGAGUUCCGAAUAAUUUUGGGCAGGGCGAUGGCCGACGGAGGGGGCGGUAG